GGAAUUAUUGUAUCUUUUCGUAGUAGUUUCGGUUUUGUUUUUAUUUUGUAAACCGGAAAGCGGGAAACAACAAAGCCCAUGCUGUAUUCACACCAGUGCAAUCAUCUUAAUUAAAAGAAAUGUUAACAAACACCUUAAAGUUCAUUGCCAACUGACAGAUUGUUCCUACCACCUUUUUUUUAUUGGUAAAUAAAUACCAUAAACCAACGGAAAUUGUCGUUUUGUCCUACUUGGUCACAAAUGGCGUCGCCGGUAGGAUCUCCAUUGCUGAAGAAGACAAUGAGAUUAUGAAAGGUGGUAGACGUUAGCGACGACUGUUACAUCAACCGUUACAUCAACAUUGAGAAUGGCUGAUGCAAAAGUACAAUCCCUGGAGAAGGAGUUGGCAGAUAUGAAGAUGAAGUUGGCCCAUGUCAUAGCCAAGGAGUCAUAUGAACCCAAAGUCGUUUUUACUCCACGGGAAAGGAAAAUAAACAAAUUCUCUGGGAAGAGGGAUGGGUUGCAGACGAUAGAUGAGUUCAUAGAGGAUAUUGAAUUGACUCUGAAAACGAGACCAACAUCAGAUAGUGAGAAAGUUAAUUUUAUAAUCAGUCAUCUGGAAGGUCCAGCUAGAGUGGAGGUGCGGUACAGGUCCAACUCUGAAAAAAAGAAGCCGAAGGACAUUCUGGAUAUUCUACGAGAGGUAUUCGGGGACAGGGGAACCAUAUCAGAGCUACUGUCCGACUUUUACCAGUGUAAACAAGGCGAUGAGACACUACAAGAAUACUGUCAUCGGCUCAUGUGCAAACUGGACAGAAUCUGUAAGAAAGAUAAUAAAACCAUAACAGACAGAGACCUAACGUUGAGGAACCAAUUCGCAGAAAACGUCAAACCAGUGUGGUUGAGGAGAGAGUUGAAGAAAAGAAUCAGGAGCACCCCCGCUAUAUCCUUUAGUGACAUUAGGGAGGAGGCUACCCUACUGAUGGAGGACUCUCAAGAUUCAACUCCUACGGCAUCAACUACUAGUUACGAGUAUGAAGUACCAGUGCUCGCUGCUCAGUCUCAACCCAAGUCCAACGAGACAUCAGAUGUUUCUAAACUUCUUCUAGAUCUUAAAACCGAGAUGAAAAGCAUGCGCGAAAAAAUGGAAUCCCUGAAAAUGCAAAAGAAAAGCCAGAAUAGUGACGGAAUGCGGUGUUUCUACUGCGGAAAAUUGGGCCAUCUAAAGAAGGACUGUCGAAAGCGCAAAAGAGAUGCAGAGGCACAAGGGAAAACUCAGAAUCAUCACACUAGUGAUUUAAACGGACCAGGCCUACGGCUGAGAGCCGACUUGUAGGCAAUGAAAACAAAGGCUCACCACAAGUAAAGAAAAUGGUCGGGGAUAGCCCUACAAUAAACAUAAAAAUUAAUGACAUUGUAGUUCCAUGUAUCCUCGAUACAGGGUCGAUGGUUACAACUAUUUCCGAAUCAUUCUUCAACAAAUACUUGAGGACCAGUUUCGAGAUUCAGUCCGAUCAUCAUUGGCUCCGACUCAAGGCAG